UAUUUCGGAGCAUGCGGAACUAAAUAGUUACCAGGCCCAAGCAAUCAUAUGUCUAGUCUGCAGGGUUCCUGAACGAGCAUACUAGCCGGCACCGCGGGGUAUCAGGAACCGUCAAUUGCCCCUCCAAAAGUUUACCCAUCUUCGCAGCGCAUCCCACAUUUAACAGCCACAAUCUUUGCUUUCACUCUUAUCACCCCCAAACAUAAGAAAAACGGUCAAAAACACCAAAAAUGACAGCCCCUACGCAUCUCGAUCCCUCCGAAUUAGGUACAAAAUCCUACUGGGACGCAGCCUACACAACGGAGCGCAAAAACUUUGCCGCAAACGCCUCAGAUGAAGGCACAAUCUGGUUCAGCGACGCCGGCGCCGAAGAGCGCAUGCUAUCUUUCCUCGAAGACCUCAGCGACGAAGGCCAAAUUCACAAAGAGGACAACGACGAAAACAAGGGGGCACGAUUUCUAGAUUUGGGCACGGGAAACGGGCACUUGCUGUUUGCGCUGCGCGAGGACGAGUGGAGUGGAGAAAUGGUUGGUGUGGAUUACUCAACGGAGAGCGUUACGCUUGCUACGUCGAUUCGCGAUGCGAAAGAUGAGGCGUAUGCGGAUAUUGCGUUUUAUGAGUGGGAUAUCUUGUCACAGGCGCCCGGUGCGUGGCUGGGUGAGGGCUUCGAUGUUGUGCUGGACAAGGGCACGUUUGAUGCGAUUUGCCUGUCGCAAGAACAGGAUGCGCAGGGGCGCAGGAUAUGUGAGGGAUACAAGGAAAAAGUUGAGCCGUUGGUGAAGAAGGGGGGGAGGUUUCUCAUCACGAGCUGCAAUUGGACAGAGGAGGAGCUGAAAGAAUGGUUUGGAGGCAGAGGAUUGCAAUUUGAUGGCAAGGUCAAAUAUCCGAGUUUCACGUUUGGAGGCAAGACGGGAAGCAGUGUGGUUACGCUUUGCUUCAAGAGGGUGUGAGCGGUGCUCUCUGCUAUGAUCGAACGGGCCGCCGUAAUCGCGCAACGAUGAGCCACUUUUUCCGCUCGCCCAUAUUCUCCAGGCCGCCAUCGCGCUCCUUUUCCCACGGCCGCCGCUGUCCGUCUGCAUCCAUUUCGUAUAUCUCCUCGAUCUCGAGGCCUUGCUCUGGUACAACCUCCUCAAAGAAGGGCGCGACCUUGGCACGGCCUGUGUGGAAACCCGCGAUACAGUAUACACGCGCGUCAGGCGUGUCCGUGAGGAAGUGUAUCAUCGACUUUGCGAGAUUCUCAUGCUCUCCAGGCAUCCAGAAGCAGUCUGCU